UAUCUAUUUUUCUUUAAUAUACUCUUUGUCUUUUUGUGAUCUUCCAAGUAAAGUCAACCCCUAUAAAUUAAAUAUACACAGAAAACCAGAGUUGUUUCUGCCCACUUCAACUCCUCUUUCUUCAUUCAUUUUUAUGGUUACUUUCAAACCCCAUUUGAGAAAAUUCUUGAAUUUUUCAGCCAUGUGAGUAUUUUUGAGCAAAGUUUACAUUUUUAUUUUAUAGCAUCUUCUGAAAUGGAACUUCUUGAAAAGGGUAAAAAUUCAAUCGUUUUACCAUUUUGGUAUUUUCUUGGCUUCUGCAUUGUGUAUUGAAGAUUUGUAGGUAUUUUUGUCUGUAAAGGUUAUGAUGGAGUUCAAGAAAGCCAAGACGGUAAGGUUUUAUAAUGAUGGGAAACAGAAUCUUGAAAGUUCAUGGGAGAAGAAUGAGAACCAUGUUCUUGAAAAGCAGCUACCUUUGUAUCUUGAUGGUAAAAAUGUUGACAAAGUUGGAGCUAGUAAAGUUCCUAAAUUUGGGAAAUUUAAGGUUUUCCCAGAAAAUUAUGUACCUGGGAAAAAGAAAAUUCUUGAUCCAGGAAGUGAAAUUGUUAUACAAUGGAAUAGGGUAUUCUUGUUUUCUUGUUUGAUAGCUCUCUUCAUGGAUCCAUUGUUUUUUUACCUUCCAUCAGUGGUGAAUAGGGGGAAAUCUUCAUGUAUGACAAUUGACUUGAAUCUUGGGAUUAGUGUUACAUGUUUUCGAACAGUAGCAGAUGUUUUCUAUUUGUUACAUGUGAUAUUUAAGUUCAGGACUGCUUAUGUUUCAAGAAGUUCAAGGGUGUUUGGAAGGGGUGAACUUGUUAUGGAUAAGAAAUUGAUUGCAAGGAAGUACUUGAAGUCUGAAUUCUUCAUUGAUGCUAUUGCUGCUCUGCCUCUUCCUCAGAUUGUAAUAUGGUUCAUCAUACCAGCAAUUAGAAGUUCUCAUUCCGAUCACACCAACAAUGCUCUUGUAUUAAUAGUUCUGCUUCAAUAUCUGCCAAGACUCUAUCUGAUUUUCCCAUUGAGUUCUCAAAUUAUUAAAGCUGCCGGGGUUGUCACAAAAACAGCUUGGGCAGGGGCCGCUUACAAUUUGCUACUCUACAUGUUGGCAAGCCAUGUCCUUGGUGCUUCCUGGUAUUUAUUGUCAAUUGAGAGAUAUGCUACAUGCUGGAAAAUAGCUUGUGAAAAGGAGCUUAGGCCUUUACAAUGCUCCAGUCGUUUCCUCGACUGUGGUACUACAGACCAUGCAGACAGGAUAACAUGGGUGAACAGCACCCAAGUUUUCAGCAACUGCUAUCCUUCUAACUCAACCAUUUUCGACUUUGGAAUAUUUGCAAAUGCAGUUACAAACAAUGUUGUCUCCUCUAAGUUUCUUGAGAAGUACUUGUACUGUUUGUGGUGGGGUUUACAAAAUUUGAGUUCUUACGGCCAGAACUUGACCACAAGCACAUAUAUAUGGGAAACUUCAUUUGCCAUUCUUAUUGCUAUUUUUGGGCUAGUUCUGUUUGCUCAUUUGAUUGGAAACAUGCAGACAUACUUACAAUCUAUCACUGUGAGGCUUGAAGAAUGGAGGCUCAAGCGACGAGAUACUGAAGAAUGGAUGAGGCAUCGCCAACUUCCUCAGGAUCUACAAGAACGUGUUAGACGUUUUGUACAGUACAAGUGGCUUGCCACUCGAGGAGUAGAUGAAGAAUCUAUCCUGCUUGCUUUACCUUCAGACCUUCGCCGUGACAUCCAACGCCACCUAUGUUUAGACCUUGUUCGGCGUGUUCCCUUCUUCUCACAAAUGGAUGAUCAACUGCUUGAUGCCAUAUGUGAACGUCUGAGUUCUUCGUUAAGUACUCAAGGAACGUACAUUGUACGUGAGGGUGAUCCAGUAACUGAAAUGCUCUUUGUUAUUAGAGGAACAUUAGAGAGCUCAACUACAAAUGGAGGGCGAACAGGCUUCUUCAACUCAAUUACUUUGAGGCCAGGUGACUUUUGUGGUGAGGAACUCCUUGCCUGGGCAUUAUUGCCACGAUCCACUCUUAACUUGCCUUCAUCAACGAGAACAGUGAGAGCGCUGUCAGAAGUAGAAGCUUUUGCAUUACAUGCAGAGGAUCUCAAGUUUGUAGCCAAUCAAUUCAGACGUCUUCAUAGUAAGAAGCUACAGCACACCUUCCGUUAUUACUCUCACCACUGGAGAACUUGGGCUGCCUGUUUUGUUCAAGCUGCUUGGCGUCGUUUCCAGAGGAGAAAGCUGGCCAAAGAACUUUAUAGAGGUGAGUCCUUGUCUUAUGCUCCUGAGGAUGACCAAUCAGCAUAUGAAAGUGAAUGUGAACAUGAGGAUGAUCAACAAACGAAGACUACACCAACAAACUCUUCAAAUGUAAAGCAAAACCUUGGAGUUACAAUAUUGGCAUCAAGAUUUGCUGCACACACAAGGAGAGGAGUUCAGAAGAUGAAGGAUAUGGACAUGCCUACGUUUCAGAAGCCCGAGGAGCCUGACUUUUCGGCUGAGCCAGAUGACGACUAGCUCAACGUAUGCCCGAUUCGAAGACCAUCUUCCACAGGUGAAAUUAUACAGAACCAAAGAAGCAAUAUAAAGACAUACUGAAGUGAAUUUAAAGAACUUUAUUCAAGUUUAUUACUAAAAGAAAAGAAGGAAAAGAAGACAGGUUGUGCUGCAGUUGAUUAUAAUUAUAAUCAUCAAUAGACUUAACUGGUAAGUAAAAAUUUGGUGAAGGGAAAAUAGGUUCCUAUAAAAUGUGAGAAGACUUAACAGAAAUUGUAGGUUAGUGUUUGUUGAAGAAAAACAAAAGGGUAAAUUUUAUGUUUCACUCUUUAUGUUGGCAAACUUGAGACUUUUAACUUAGUGAACAAUGUAUGUUAAUGUAAAGUUAUAUGAAAUUAUUUAGGUCAA